CUUGCCGCAAAGACCAGCGGCCCGCGCCGCUCGACGCGGCGGCCAUCAUGAAAGAAAAGAGCAAGAAUGCUGCCCGCUCAAGAAGAGAGAAAGAGAACGCAGAGUUCCUCGAGCUGGCUAAGCUCCUCCCCCUCCCGGCAGCCAUUACGUCACAGCUGGACAAGGCUUCCGUCAUCAGACUGACUACCAGUUAUCUGAAGAUGCGACAGGUCUUCCCAGAUGGUCUGGGUGACGCGUGGGGGGCAUCACCGCCACCACCGCAGCCUCGAGAACUCUCCAUCCGGGAGCUGGGCAGCCAUCUGCUGCAGACCCUGGACGGGUUCAUAUUCGUGGUGGCGCCUGAUGGCAAGAUCAUGUACAUUAGUGAGACGGCGUCUGUACAUUUAGGACUUAGUCAGGUGGAGCUGACUGGCAACUCGAUAUACGAGUACAUCCACCAGAACGACCACGAGGAGAUGAGCGCUGUGCUGAGCUUACAACACCAACACUCCUACCUCGGACACCAGUACCCAAGCCUAGGGUACCCCGUGGGCGGUACGUGGGGUCCCGCCGUGGACAUCGAGUGCGAACGAGCGUUCUUCAUCAGAAUGAAGUGUGUUCUGGCGAAGCGGAACGCUGGACUCACCACUUCUGGAUAUAAGGUGAUCCACUGCUCCGGGUACCUGCGCGCGCGCCGCUUCGGCGAGGGCGCGGCGCCGCUCGGCCUCGUCGCCGUUGGACACUCCCUACCGCCAUCUGCCGUCACGGAACUCAAACUACACUCCAACAUGUUCAUGUUCAGAGCCAGUCUGGACAUGCGGCUUAUAUUCCUUGAUGCCAGGGUGGCGUCGCUGACGGGCUACGAGCCGCAGGACCUCAUCGAGAAGACCCUGUACCACUACAUCCACGGCACGGACGUGCUCCACAUGCGGUACUCGCACUGCACAUUAUUAACGAAGGGCCAAGUAACGUCCCGCUACUACCGGUUUCUGACGAAGGCGGGUGGCUGGGUGUGGAUGCAGAGCUACGCCACCAUCGUGCACAACAGCCGCUCUUCCCGGCCACACUGUAUAGUCUCCGUCAACUAUGUGCUCAGCGACAUCGAGGAGAAACACCUGAUCCUGAACCUGGAGCAGGGCCCGCCCAAGCUGCACGCGGAGCCCCCCGCGCACCCCGCACCGCCCGCCCCCUCCCCCCACGUCCUCCGGCCGGACAAGCUCAACCACGUGCAACUAGAAAACGAGUUCAAUGGGGAUUCGAGUACAGGAUACCAGUACUCUGAGUACUUACCUGUGUUGCCUCCGUAUGAGGAGGACUAUCAUCAGAAUGGUACGUAUCACGAACUGUUCUACAACGAAAACUAUACGGAACCAGAGGUGACCCCGAAUUAUAUGCUUCCACAAAACCAGCGGCCGUAUUCGGCCAGUUCUUCGUCAUGCUCAUCAAUGGAAAGUUCAACAGAGGUCGCGAAUCAGCAGUAUAACUACACGAAUUUAAUAUCGUUUUAUCCGAAUCAGCCGCAAAAUGGCCGACCGCUUGACAAUUUCGGCGGGAACUUUAGCAAGAUGGCGGCGAGCCCCGCUGUCACGGAGGGUUACACGUCUGUCAUCGUGGACAACACGCAACAGUUCCACCAUCAUGGCGGGGGAGUGAAUGAGUUCGUGCACUGAUGACGCGGAAUUAGUUUUGAGGUUAUAAAAUUUGAGGUAGAGA